CACUUGGUUGCCGCUGCUGCGGGAAAGCAGACGCGCAAACAAGCCGAUGUUACGGGGAAUCCUUAGAUGCAUCCACUGACGCCAUGGACUUUAACGUAAAAAAGCUAGCUUCAGAUGCAGGAGUCUUCUUCACACGCGCGGUCCAGUUCACAGAGGAGAAGCUGGGCCAAGCUGAGAAGACAGAGCUGGAUGCUCACCUGGAGAACUUGCUCGCUCGGGCCGACUGCACCAAGAACUGGACUGAAAAGAUCUUCCGUCAGACAGAGGUUCUGCUGCAGCCCAAUCCAAUCGACCACACUGGUGCCCGGAUCGAGGAGUUCUUCUAUGAGAAGUUGGACAAGAAGGUCCCGUUAAGAACCACCAAUGGCGAGCUUCUGGGUCAGUACAUGCUGGAUGCGGCCAAGGACUUUGGAGCAGGGACUCCCUAUGGCAGUACUCUGAUCAAGGUGGGCGAGAGUCAAAGGAGGCUUGGGGGAGCAGAGCGGGAGUUUAUGCAGUCCUCCGCCAUAAGCUUCCUCACACCACUGCGCAACUUCCUGGAGGGAGACUGGAGGACCAUCUCUAAAGAGAGACGUCUCCUGGAGAACCGGCGUCUGGACCUAGAUGUGUGUAAGGCCCGUUUAAAGAAGGCCAAGGUGGCCGAGGCCAAAGCUGCGGCCACGCCUGAUUUUCAAGAGACUAGGCCCCGAAAUUAUGUUCUGUCUGCCAGUGCAUCUGCGCUCUGGAGUGAGGAGGUGGACAAAGCUGAGCAUGAGCUACGCGUGGCACAGACGGAGUUCGACCGCCAGGCCGAGGUGACACGGCUGCUGCUGGAGGGCAUUAGCAGCACUCAUGUCCACCACCUGCGUUGCCUGCAUGAGUUUGUGGAGGCGCAGGCCACCUACUAUGCCCAGUGCCACCAGUACAUGCAGGAGCUGCAGAAAGAGCUUAGCAGUUCUAAUGGUGAUGUGUUCCCCAACACCUUCGCUGUGAACCCCCCCAGUCUGUCAGCUUUUUCUAGCACCUCCCCAUCCACCUCUGCUGCCCCUGCCCCGCCGAUGCUGUCCCCUGUCAGGCCGACACCCUGUCAGGCCGACACCCUGAAGAUUGAAGAGGUGCACCCCCCUGCCGCAGGUACACGCAAGGCUAAGGUGCUGUACGACUACGAUGCUGCAGAUACCAGCGAGCUCUCUCUGCUGGCCGACGAGCUCAUCACAGUCUACACUGUGCCAGGGAUGGACCCUGACUGGCUGAUAGGGGAAAAGGGCAACCAGAAAGGAAAGGUGCCUGUUACCUACCUGGAGCUACUGAGCUAAGGAAGACAGAUGGGCAGAUGGACCGAGCGAAAAAACCUUGGACAGACUUAUGGACCGACACCCACAUGCACACAUUCACACAUGCAGAUGCCAUGUACAUUUACAUUCCCAAAGUCAUACUUACUACACAUGCAGGAUCUGUGAGAAGUAAAUGAUAAAAAAUUGGAAAUCUGUAUAGACUGUUGAAAACAGGGAACACUAAGAAUCAAACUAGGAGCUGUGGUAACAUAUUUGUAGACCAAAAUGCUCAGUGCUGUCUGGGAUUUAUCUUGUGACACUGACUCGCUGCAGCUGUUGUGCUCUGUGUAACCUUUCUGAAGUAGAUUGAGUCACACAAAGGGUUGUGGUUUCUGAGUAGCUUCUCUUGUGUCUCAAGGACUUUCAGGAGUAUUUGAGAUGGAAGGAAUGUUGCUGUUACGCUGGCUUUGAUUCAAUGCAUUAUCACGUGGUCAAGAAACCUCACCCUAUCCUUAAUAUGAAACUUUUGAUGUGGCUUCUUGCCCAAUAUGAAACCCUAGAAAAGACGAUAUCCUUGCUUUCCUCAAAGAAGACAUUCAGUAAGUGCAAUCACACACAGAGAGUAAGAUCCACAAACGCUGCCACCAUUGUACUAAAUUCCGAUCUACUCCCUUAAGGUGUAAUUUGCUGACUGCAUCACCAAAGGCUACUCAAUUUUUUCCUCUCUGCUUUCAAUGGCUGACAUCUGCCUUGCCGGGAUGCAGUUGCAUGGGCA